AUGCCUCGACCGUUGCCGGAGAGCAGCAGUGACGAUGAUGCCCCGGAACCACGCAAUCACUCUAACCCUACUACCAAAACCAGAUACAAUAUCGCCACUACCUAUCUCCGCGAGAGUCCGCGAGCGUUUUCCGAAUUGUCCUCGUACUACUCCGGCCUGACGGGUGCGACGGAUUUGUCGAGCAGUGAGCUCACUUCAUCUUCAGCAGAAACAUCAUCCGGAAGUGACGAUGACGAAGAAGAUUCAUCUGAAGAUGAUUAUGAGAGUGACGAGGCUACCGAGUCUUCGUCAACUUCGUCCUACUCCACGCACCCAUCUGACACGUCAUACGAUCUUUCAACACUCAUCGAAGAAACGGAUAGAGAAAAACUCGCCAACUUUGUACGCCUACGGCCAGUCGACAAAAAAUGGAUUAACGCAGCUUGGAAAUAUACUCAAAAUGAACCAACAUUUCGCAGAAGAGUGAAGGUGAAAGUUUACACAGAUUGGGUUUUAUGCGGCAAGAAAGAAGCCCAGCCACAAUUUGCGGGAUCAUGGGAAUAUCAGCCCUUUCACAAGUUCCCAUAA